GGACAAUUCCACUUCCCUGUUUUUGAUACUGAUACAUCUUCGCUACACUUCUUAUCCAUCAAGCCUCCCAGAAUUCAAGGCAUAAGUUUUGGUCGUCGCACUAUCACAGACGUAUUGCGAUUGGUCUAAAGCCAACAUGACACGCAUCACGCGAGGCAACCAACCCCAGCUAUCGGAAUCUUGGGCAAACAUGGAAGAUUCCCAAGACGACACCACAUCAAUUCCAUCAGAGGACGAAUUCCAACCGCGCCUUAGAGAAGCGUACUACAACUCCCACAAAUCUACUACCUUGUCAAAAUCACAAACUCCGAACGACUUUCAUGAAGGUCCACCACCUGCCCAUACCUCAACAAGUCACAAACAGAAUGCGUCACAGAUAAGCAAAGAACCUGAGUUCAUCAUGCCUUCUCCCGAGGCCAGUAAGUAUCUUGAGAGCCCUCAGAGGAGGACAACAAGGCAAUCUCCGAGACCGGCAAUGAGAGCAUCAGCGAUUCGCAGAUCUGCUCCUAUCAAGCGUGCCAGCCCAGCUGCUCAACCAGAAAAACGCAAACGCAAAACUGCACAGACUGCCAGCAACGACUCGUCUCCAGACUAUGUUAGCUAUAUCUGGCAAAACGCUGUCCUACCUCUGCUCAAGUAUGUGCUUUCUGUGUUUUUCAUCGCUGCAAACGCUCUCAAACCACUUCUCGGCUACGGCUUGAUCGUUGUUAUGAUGGCAGUCGGCAUGGGCGUUGCAAAGACGAUGGUUGUACACAGCGUUACCAAUGCUCUGUCUCCACUGUGCAACAUCCCAGGAGCCGGUUACCUCAACCUCCCAUUCUGUGGUCUCAGUGAUUAUGCCGGAGCGAGAGGCCCAGUGGAAUUUGACAAGCUGGUGGUCACGCAAUCGAACUUCGAGGAAAUCUUGGAAGCUUCUGUACAUCAAGCUGCCCUUCCCAUGGCUAUGAAGAACUCCGAGCUGUCCAUCCGUGAUCUUCGCACUGUGGUCAGACAUUCCAGCUUAGGCUCGCGUAAUGAGCUCGUCAACGAGUUCGACGGCUUCAUUGAGACAGCGCGUCACGCCAGCGAUGGUCUGUCGCAGUUCAACUCCAGGAUCUCACGAGCACUGGACGGAAUUCUGUCGGCCAAUCGUUGGACCAUGAAAGUGCUACAGGGUAUUGAAGCCACACCAGACUCCGAAGGGAUCAUUCCGAAAUUCUUCUCGCAGUAUCUGUCUGUGUUCCACUUGGCCGUCACCCAGCAUUCUUCCGAGGAUGUCAUCUACGACCAAUACAUCCGACAUACCUCUGAAGUCGAAGAGCAAAUCCAGGUGUGUAUCCUGGAAGCCAACACACUUCUCGAAGUAUUGGAUAACCUGGACGAACGCCUUCAGCAGAUCCAAGACAUCGCGCAUCGCGAGGGUCUCAAAGUCACAGACGCCAAGAAUGAUCUGUUGGGCGUUCUCUGGACCAAGCUGGGCGCCAACAGAAACGCUCUUGCGAAACACGAGGGACAGCUGAAGACACUGAACGACGUAGGCAUGUAUCGCAAGGUAGCCAUGCAACAUGUCAUCUCGACUCUUGUGAAGCUCAAGGAUAUUGAGAACAACCUCAGCCAGCUCAGGGACGACGUAGCAGCACCCACCAUCGUCGAUAAGGAGAGGAUGCCAUUGGAGAUGCAUAUUGAUUUGAUCAGCUCUGCUGUUGAUCGACUACAGACAGUCAGAGAUACAGGACGCAAGGAGAAGGAGAAGAUGCUCCAAGGCACUCUCGAUCAGAUCAAUGGUUACUCUGCCAACAAGAGAAUUGGUUAAUCGGAGGCAGGAAUUUGGGAUGCCGCUACUUGGCUAUGGCACUGGAAGUUAGAUGAAACCUGGGUAGCGACUGCCGAAUUGGCUAGUACAUGACAUAACGACUUUGAAUAACAACACACUCAGUUGCAUCAGACAACUGAUUUUG